AUGUCCUUUAAUGAAGGAGACGCCAGGGGAGUGAAACAGCCUCACAACGAUCCCCUGGUCAUAGUGCUGAAUAUAGAAGGGUUCAAUACCAGAAGGAUCCUUGUUGAUAAUGGAAGCUCGGCGGAUAUCAUCUACCUCCCAGCCUUCCAGCAGUUGAAGUUAGAUCCAAAAAGGCUCCGUCCUUUUGACUCUCCGCUUGUCAGUUUCAGUGGAGACAGGGUCUACCCCAGGGGUAUAGUGACUCUGACGGUGACAGCAGGGACCUAUCUGUUGCAGUUGACCAAACAAGUAGAUUUCCUGGUUGUAGAUUGCCCCUCGUCCUACAAUGUCAUCAUUGGGAGGCCUACCCUAAACAAAUGGAAGGCAGCAACGUCCACAUACUGUUUGAAGGUGAAAUUCCCAACAGACGAUGGUGUAGGUGAAGUGAAGGGAGAUCAGGUCCUGGCAAGGGAGUGCUACCAGGCCGUACUGGCAAGAAAGGAGAACCACACGUGGACGAUAGAAGAAAAAGAGGAAGACGGAAUGGAGAUCCUGGAAGCAGUGGAGUUGGUAGAAGGAAAUGCGGACAGGACAACCAGGAUAGGGACGACGCUAAGCCCUGAGAUGAGAGCGAAACUCAUAAAGUUCCUUAAAGGGAAUCUUGGUGUCUUUGCAUGGAGUCACGAGGACAUGCCAGGCAUAUCUCCAGAGAUCAUCCAGCAUAGACUGAAUGUGGACGCCAAUAGGAAGCCCGUUCAGCAACGACGAAGAACUUUCGCUCCAGAGCGAGAUCAGGCAGUAGCAGAAGAGGUAACCAAACUAUUGACGGCUGGGUUCAUCCGGGAGGUAUACUACCCAGAAUGGCUCGCCAACGUCGUCCUGAGAGGAAUAGAAGCCAAUCCAGAAAAAGUACAAGCUAUCAUUGACAUGGCCCCACCCAAGAUCGUCAAGGAGGUACAAAAACAUACAGGAAGGAUAGCAGCUCUAAAUAGGUUCGUCUCUAGGGCCACAGACAAAUGCCUGCCCUUUUUCAAAACCCUCAAGCAAGCUUUCGUUUGGACCGACGAAUGCGAAGCAGCGUUCCAAGAGCUGAAGCGAUACCUGAGCAGUCCACCUCUCCUGAGCCCGUCCAAAGGAGGGGAGAACCUAUACUUGUACCUGGCGGUGUCAGCCUCGGCAGUCAGCGCAGCCUUGAUUAGAGAAGAGGGCAAAAAGCAACUCCCGGUGUACUAUGUCAGUCAGGCCUUUCAAGGAGCUGAGUUCAGAUACCCAAGGAUUGAAAAGAUUGCGUUCGCGCUUAUAGUAGCCUCGCGCAAGCUCAGGCCGUAUUUCCAGUCAAAUCCUAUCCUUGUGAUGACGGAUCAGCCAAUUAAGAAAUCAAUGAACAGACCAGAAGCAGCAGGGAGAAUGGUCCAAUGGGCAAUCGAACUCAGCCAAUUUGACAUCGAGUACCAUCCAAGAGUAGCCAUCAAGGCACAAGCUCUGGCUGACUUCAUCGCCGAAUUCACUCUUCUAGACGAAGAAGGAACUACAGACGAAGUUGAUAAAUGGACAAUACAGACAGAUGGUUCGUCGGCCCAAAAGAGGGGGGGAGUAGGGGUCGUCAUAACUACCCCCGACGGAGAAGUGAUGAAGUAUGGAGUUCAACUGGAAUUCCCAGCCACCAAUAAUGAAGCCGAAUAUGAAGGAAUAUUGACGGGCUUGAGGCUUGGAAAAGCUCUUGGUGCCAAAAAUUUGCUGGUCCAGAGUGAUUCAAAGCUGGUAAUCGGACAGAUCAGUGGAGAGUACGAGGCAAAGGAGGAAAGGAUGCAGAAAUACCUUAAACUGACGAGGCAAUUAACUCAGGAGUUCGACACAGUGGAUUUCGUCCAGAUACCAAGAAACCAGAAUAUUGAAGCUGACGAAGUGUCGAAACUAGCGUCGUCAGAAGCAGGAAUGACAAGCACAGACGUGGCAAUAGAAAUUCAGAAAUGCCCAAGUAUUGAAGAGGUAGCAGUGCUCACCACCCAGGGAACAAACACCUGGAUGACGCCCUUAAUAUCCUUCCUCCGAGACGGACACUUACCUCAGAAUACUGACGAAGCCAGAAAGGUCAGAAAGAGAGCGGCUAGGUUCACGAUCCUAAAUGACGUCUUGUACAAGAGAGGCUUCUCUAUGCCCUACUUGAAGUGCGUCGGCGAGGACGAGGCCAAAUACAUCCUAGAAGAAGUACACGGAGGAGUUUGUGGCGACCAUGCCGGCCCCAGAUCCCUAGUAAACAAGGUGAUAAGAGCGGGGUACUUUUGGCCAACCAUGCAGGGGGAUGCUGCUAACCUCGUUAGAAGAUGCAACAGAUGCCAGCGGUACGGGAAUGUACAACGGCUUCCAGCAGAGAAGAUGACGACCAUAUCCUCCCCAUGGCCAUUCGCGCAAUGGGGAAUCGACAUCGUCGGUCCUCUGCCCCAAGAGGCCCUAGCAACCAUCACUGAGGCUCGGAUCCGGAGCUUCGUGUGGAAAAACAUUAUCUGCAGGUUCGGGAUCCCUUUGACGAUCAUAUCUGAUAAUGGGAAGCAGUUCGAUAGCCAAGGCUUCAGAGAGUUCUGCUCAAACCUCGGGAUCAAGAAUCAGUUCUCAUCCCCGGGACACCCCCAGGCAAAUGGACAGACGGAAGUAACAAACAGGACGUUGCUUAAGAUAAUCAAAACCAAGCUGGACGAAGCAAAAGGUGCCUGGCCAGAAGAACUGCCUAGUGUCUUGUGGGCAUACAGGACUACAGCCAGAACCCCGACAAGAGAGACGCCCUUCAGGCUUACCUACGGCUCAGAAGCAGUGAUCCCAGUAGAAGUUGGAGUAACAAGCAUCAGGCGAGGAGCUUUCAGAGAGGGACUCAAUGACGAGGGGCUGCGGUUCAACCUGGAUUGCUUGGAUGAAAUAAGAGACAACGCGUCCAGUAGAAUGACAAAGUAUCAAAAGAAAAUGGCCGAGUAUUACAAUAAGAGGGUCAAACUCAGGCGUCUGGCCAUAGGGGACCUCGUCCUUCGCAAAGUCACUAUAGCUACUAAAGACCAUACUCAAGGGAAGCUGGGCCCUACAUGGGAAGGGCCAUAUCGCGUCGUUCAUUACUCUAGGCAAGGGAGUUACCAUCUGGAAACUAUGGACAGACGAAAGCUCCCUCGUCCUUGGAACAUUGAGCAUUUAAAGAAAUACCAUGAGUAA